AUGAAUCGACCAGGUGCCGUACCGCAGACACUCCGAGGAAUGCCAGGCAACUUCGGAGGCCAGCAGCAGCAAUCCCAGCAGCAGCAAAAUCGUGCUGUGUCGAGUCGAUUAUCGAAUGGAAAAUUAGCGUCGGGAAACAACAACUCUGGAUGGGCCUUUAGUGGAGGCGUACCCAUGGGAAACAACAGCAAUGGUGGCUUUCCAACUCAAAACCGGCAACUGGGAGGAGGCGUCAGCUUCGCCCAAAGCUUAGGUGGAUCGCAGCAAGCAGCACCACUCGACUUGUCUGAAUUUCCGUCCUUGUCGAACAACUCGCAACUUGGCAAUCCUUCGCAAGCAUCAAUGUGGUCGACGGCUGGUUCACGAAAUGUGAGCGCGCCUGUGCAACGAAACCAACCAACACCUGUAUCAUCCCAACAAGCGGGUCCAGAAGAGCUCUAUAACUCAAACUCGAGAUCGGCGACGAACCACGGCUCUCUACGUUUCGGUACCCAAACAGGGCCACAGGUCACACCAAGCAGUGUGGAUGACUUUCCUCCUCUAAAUAGAACUGUCAAUGGCGAAGAGAGGAGUGCAAGCCUAAUGUCAUCGUUGGGUAUUAGCGCACAAAGCGCCUCACCGUCAGGCGUAGUGGGCAACAGAGGGAACGGCUUGCUCAAUGCGCUGUCGGCUAACAACCGAGCGAAUGAGCCAAGAUCGCAACCCGCGGUGGGAGGUCCAGCUACUACGGCGCAACCAUCGGAAGACGACAGCCGGUCGAGAGCAGCUGAUCGUUCAAAUAAACAGCUUACGAACAUUGGUAAUGGUGAAACCUCGCCAGGUUUAUCGCUCCAGGACGGCCUCAUCAACAAGAUGAAAGAAGAACAGGAAGGGGGUCCUGUGGAUCCUCUCGCUGGAAUGCCCGAUGCCGAUAAAUGGGGACUGAAGGGACUGAGAACGCUCAUGAACAACUAUCCUGACUACCACGCGCUGGCUGUUGGGGUAGACCCGAAUUCAUUGGGGCUUGAUAUGCAAUCGCCAGACCCCAUUUCAACUCAGCUUUAUUCUUUGUUCGACGACAGCUUGCCAAAGCCGACAGUUCACGCGAGCAAAUUCCGUCUGCCCGAUUGCUACAGCGUGACUAACGUUCAGCCCAUUGAGACGAAGACUCCCAGUUUUAACGAGGAAACACUAUUCUGGAUAUUCUACAGCUGUCCCGCUGAUAUCAAGCAGCAGAUGGCGGCGCAAGAAUUGCAUACUCGUAACUGGCGCUGGCACAGAAAACUCCAGAUUUGGCUUACCAAGGACGAGCAAAUGGCCCCUCAGAUCCUAGGCCCUAACCAUGAGAGAGGAUGGUACAUUGUUUGGGAUGCCAACCACUGGCAAAGGGAGAGGCGAGAAAUCACUCUGCACUACAGUGAUUUAGAAACGGCCGUAAACCCCGGGGCUGUUGGCGCUUAA